CUGAGCCAACAGAUGGAAACGUCAUUUUUACAGAAAUGAAAGUGAAAGUUUGUCAAAGUGAUUCCUGAAUCGCUGUGAAGGAAAACGUCCCUGUUUCCCUUUGAAGACAAACGAAGUUCGUGUUUUUCUUCUGGUCCUGGUGAGUUCAGCAGGAAACUGCUUUACACAAACAGCAAACAGGAAGUUUGAGCCUUUUCAUCCGGACUCGGAUCGUCUGAAGGGAAGAGGAAAAACUUCAGGAUCACGAAGAAACUGUAGCAUCGAACAACUUUACACUCGUUGUUUUAACUGAAGUUUCCCCUGAUCUGUCCUCAGAGUUCAGACAUGUCUUCUGGCAGCAGCCUGCGGUCUGAGGAUCCGUUUCUGUGCUCCAUCUGUCUGGACGUGUUCACUGAUCCAGUCAGCACACCAUGUGGACACAACUUCUGCAAGACCUGCGUCACUCAGCACUGGGACGUUAAUGUAAGAUGUGAGUGUCCUUUAUGUAAGAAGGUUUUCAAGACGAGACCUGAGCUGGAAGUCAACACCUUCAUCAAAGAGAUGGUUGGUCAGUUCAGACUUAAAGCUCAGCAGGAAGCCAGCAGCAGCUCAGAGCAACAAGCUGCCAAACCAGGAGAAGUUCCCUGUGACGUCUGCACUGGACCCAAACUGAAGGCCCUGAAGUCCUGCCUGGUGUGUCUGACCUCCUACUGCCAGACUCACCUGGAGCCUCACCUGACCGCUCCACGUCUGAAGAAACAUCAGCUGAUGGAGCCGGUGGAGAACCUGGAGGACAGGACGUGUCUGCAGCACGAUAAACCUCUGGAGCUGUUCUGUAGGACCGACCAGACAUGCGUCUGCUUGGUCUGUCCCGUUUCAGACCACAAGAACCACGAGUUUGUUCCUCUGAGAGAAGAAUCUGAAGGAAAGAAGGCAGAGCUGAGGAAGACGGAGGCUGAAGUUCAGGAGAUGAUCCAGGAGAGACAGAAGGUCGGGGUGUUUGUGGAUUAUGAUCAGGGUCUGGUCUCCUUCUAUGAUGUAGAUGCUGCAGCUCUGAUCUUCUCCUUUACUGGCUGCUGCUUCAAGGAGAAACUCUACCCGUUGUUCAGUCCCUGGCCUAACGAUGGAGGCUGA